AGAGAUGCCAAUUUCUGGCCGAAUCCCGACGUAUUCGACCCAGAUAGAUUCUUGCCUGAAAAAAUACAAAAUCGCCAUCCUUAUUCGUACCUGCCGUUCAGUGCGGGACCACGGAAUUGUAUAGGCCAACGAUUCGCUAUGUUGGAGAUGAAGGCCAUGAUAGCUCCUCUCAUACGCAAUUUCUACCUAGAGCCAGUCGAUUAUCUAAAGGACAUGCAGAUAACCACUAAUCUAAUUCUUCGAUCUAAAUAUUCGAUGCAUGUCAAAUUCGUACCAAUAUAAGCCGAUUGAAGUAU